AUGGGAACUAAAUUAUUUGUUGCCUUUUUCCUAGUUUUUAAUAUUUAUGAAUGUAGUCAAUACCGCUAUGAUUAUAAAUUCGUAACGGAAGUUGACGGUUGGAUAAAAUUACACCAAGUUCCUGCUACCUGGGAUGAAGCCAGGUUGAGAUGCCAACUAGAAGGAGCGAUCCUGUGUUCACCUAAUACGAUUAACCUAGUGGAGGUAAUGAAGUUUGUCAUGCAAAAUACUAGGGCCGGGGUAUCCGGUGUGUUUACUGGUACACACGCAACAUUCUCUAAAGGAGACUUUCAUUCAGUUGAUGGUGUUCCCCUAGGCAAGAUGCCAGUAGAGUGGAUGCCAAUGGAGCCGGAUAAUGAGAAUAAUAGUGAGAGCUGUAUCGUGAUGCUUAGAAAUGGUACCAUAGCUGAUAUCAACUGUGACGAGGUGUUUCCAUAUAUUUGCUACAGAAAAAGUUCAAAAAGGGAGUAUUUAACUGAAUGUGGGACUGUUGAUACAGGAUACAAACUGGAUCGAAGAACCGGAAGCUGUUACAAGUUUCACACAGAUGAGAGAAAUUGGACGCGUGCUUUCAUGACGUGUGCUGCUGAGGGUGGGCAUCUUGCUAUCAUCAACAGUGAUGAAGAAGCCAAAGUAAUGAGGGACCUUUUUAAGGUGCACGCAGCUGGCAGUAUUCGGUAUGACACUGUCUUGAUGGGGUUCCACGAUUGGAGAGAACGUGGUGUUUGGACAACGAUACAUGGUCAAUCAUUACAAGAGGCUGGGUAUGACAUGUUUGAACCUGGCCAACCCGAUUCAGCAGCUCCAGGCGAGUACUGUGGAGGGAUGUUCAGGGCUGCAACAUUGAAUGACGUGUGGUGUCAUAAAAGUCUUUCUUUCAUCUGCGAGAAGACUGUUGACAGUUUACUGGAUUGGAGUGAUAAUUAUUAG